AUGACACAGUUUGACCACAAGGAUGGCAAGAAAGGAGCCCCAUUGGCAGGCUACACUGGAUAUUGGCAGAAUGGAAAAUUCCAUGGAAAGGGCACGUACACCACCAGCGACGGGCUGAAGUAUGAGGGUGACUUUGCUGAAAAUCUGCGACACGGCUGGGGCGUGGAGACGGCGGAUGAAAAACUGGCACCCAAACUGGGCUACAGCAAGUACGAGGGCGAGUGGCAGAACGGCCAAUUCCAUGGAAAGGGAGAACUCACCUACGGCGACCCGGUAGGUGGUAUGGGUCGUGUGGUCUUCAAGGGCACCUUUGUCGAGGGCAAGCGCACUGGCAUUGGCAGGGUUUUCAAUGUCAAGGACAAGCACCUUGUGAUUUCGGCCCGGGUGUCGGCUUAG